GAGCCCGAGAGGAGUUUGAAUGUGAGCGUGCGCCGACCGAGGGAGAGAGGAGGAGAAAAGAAAAGAAAAGAUGGCGGAAAACAAAGGUGGAACUAAUAUCGAGGCGAACGGCGUUGGCGAGGAGAAGAGCGGCCCAUCUGACAAGGACGGGGAGAGUCGGGAGAAGCAGGAUCCGGAGGUGGUGGCGAUGCUGGGCGCCGCGUUGACAGUCACCACAUCGACGCCGACAGCCGCCGUGACGGCGACGGCGACAACGACAACGACAACGACGGCACCAUCACCAACGGCCGCGGCGGUCGCUGUCUUCGAAAUGCCAGGGCCCAGCCCCGGCCCCGGCCCGGCACCCAGUCCGGUCCUCAGUCCGGGGGCGUGCCCCAGCUCGGGGCCGGUACACACACCCAUCUCCGCAUCCGUUCCUGCUCCAGGUCCAAGCCCUGGACCGAGUCCGGGUUCGGGACCGAAUCCGGUGGUGGGACCGAAUCCUGGAGUGGGCCCAGAAAAAGCGACGCCGGUGGCGGCGACCGCGUCUACGGAGGUGAACCUGAACCUUUUGGACGAGUGCGCCGUAUGCCGAGAUUCUCUACAGGGGAGGGAGCCCAAGCUACUCCCAUGCCUUCACUCCUUUUGUAAACGGUGCUUGCCGGAACCCGAGCGGCAGCUGAGUAUCCCCGUUCCCAUCGGGGGCAAUAAUACUGCAGGAAAUAACGGGGAAUUGCCCGCUAUUCAACAGGUGGGUGUCAUCCGGUGCCCGGUGUGCCGACAAGAAUGUAGACAGAUAGACUUAGUCGAUAACUACUUUGUGAAGGAUUCCACAGACGGGUCAAAUAAUUCUGAUGAAAAUUCAUGCCAGGUAUGCACAAGCUGUGAAGAUAAUGCAGAAGCUAGUGGAUUUUGUAUGGAAUGCCUUGAAUGGCUCUGUAAAACAUGCGUAGAAGCCCACCAGAGAGUGAAAUUCACAAAGGAUCACACAAUAAGAAGAAAGGAAGAUGUUUCACCAGAGGCAGUAGGAGCACCUAGCCAGCGACCUGUGUUUUGUCCCGUCCACAAGCAAGAACAGUUGAAACUUUUCUGUGAAACGUGCGAUAAACUAACCUGCCGGGACUGCCAAUUAUUAGAACACAAGGAACACAGAUACCAAUUUUUAGAAGAAGCAUUUCAAAACCAAAAAAUUAUUAUUGAAACUUUAAUGGCCAAGCUUCAAGAAAAGAAGAAUUAUGUACAGUAUGCAGCUAGUCAAGUACAAAACAGGUUAAAUGAAGUCAAUGAUACGAACAAGAAAGUUGAGCACGACAUUAAAGUUGCAAUCUUCACUCUCAUUAAUGAGAUAAACAAGAAGGGCAAGAAUCUGUUGCAGCAAUUAGAGAAUGUAACAAAGGAAAGGCAGAUAAAAUUACUGCAGCAGCAACAGGAUGUUACCAGUCUUGCCAGGCAGGUGGAGCACGUAAUGAAUUUUGCAAAGUGGGCCAUUUCCAGUGGAAGCAGUACAGCACUACUGUACAGCAAGCGCCUGAUUACCUUUCAGUUGCGCCAUAUUCUUCGAGCACGUUGUGACCCUGUUCCAGCUGCUAAUGGUGGAAUGCGCUUUCAUUGUGACCCUACCUUCUGGGCAAAAAAUGUGGUGAAUCUAGGUAAUCUUGUGAUUGAAAACAAGCCGAACCCUCCGGGUUAUGCUCCCAAUGUAGUUAUUGGGCACAGUUCACAAACCCAAACCCAAGGACAAGCUGGGGGGAAACCUCAGGGUCAGAUUAACCUUGCACAGCUACGCCUACAACAUAUGCAGCAGCAAUUUGCACAGAAGCAGCAGCAGAUGCAACAGAUGAGAAUGAGCCACCCAGUAGGACAACAUCCCAGGACUACAGUACCGCAGAUGGUGCAACAGCAGCCUCCACGUUUGAUUAGCAUGCAAGCCAUGCAGAGAGGGAGUUUGAAUGGUGCUGCGCUUCAAGCCCAUCAGGCUCAUCAAGCCCAUCAGAUGAGAAUGGCACAGAAUGCUGCUCGCAUGGCUGGGAUGUCUCGACACAAUGGCCAUCAGUACCCAAUGAUGUCUCAGAUAUCACGGCAGCAUGCAAAUCCUGGCCAGUCUGGGCCAUUUUCGGCAGCAUCUGUCCAUAACAGCAUCCCAAAUCCGACCAGUCCUACAACAGCUACUUUGGCGGGUGCAAACCGCGGGCCCACCAGUCCCACAGUUGCUACAAUAGAGCUGAUUCCUUCAGUCACAAACCCGGAAAAUCUUCCUCCACUUCCAGAUAUCCCGCCCAUUCAGCUGGAUGAUGCUGGAUCGAGUACCUUGGAUAAUCUUUUGAGUAGAUUUAUCUUGGAGAGUCACCACCACCCCCCACCACUACCUCCAUCUUCCUGCAGUUCAAAUCCAUCACCUGGACCCUCAGCACCAUCCCCUGGACCAGCAAUUGCAGCAUACCAUAGCUCCCAUACUCCAGUGAGACCGUCGAGUACCUCCAGUACUGGUAGCAGAGGCAGCUGCAGCUCUUCUGGUAGAGCUCACUUAACAGAGAAGGGAAUCUCUGUUUUCCGGACAGACUACGUCAAAGUGAAACAAGAACCAGGCACAGAGGAUGAUGUGUGUAGUUUUUCCAGAGCUUCUGUAAAGCAUGAGCAUUUGGAAGAUGGCCGGCGAAGUGCUUGCAUGAUGAGCAGUCCAGAAAGCAGCUUGACGCCACCUCUUUCCAACAACUUGCAUUCUGAGAGCGAGACUGAUAUUGAAGGGCUUCGAAACAUAGAAAAUCAUGUUAAGAUUGAAGGCUCCGACAGGACUGGAAGCUGCAGGCAAUUGGGUAUUACCUUUAAUGGAAAAUCUCCAAUCCGCAACUUUACACAUCGUUCACCACGUGUUGGAGGUGAUAACAACAACAAUAAGGAUGAUGACCCGAAUGAAGAUUGGUGUGCAGUGUGUCAGAAUGGAGGAGAUCUGUUGUGUUGUGAUAAGUGCCCAAAGGUCUUCCAUCUGGCUUGUCAUGUACCUACCCUUCUCAAUUUCCCCAGUGGGGAGUGGAUCUGCACGUUUUGUCGUGACCUGUCCAAGCCAGAAGUAGAGUAUGAUUGUGAUAAUUUGCAUCACAUAAAGAAAGGGAAAACUGGCCCCAGCUUGGCCCCAGUUGACCAGAGGAAGUCAGAACGUCUCUUAUUAUAUCUGUAUUGUCACGAAAUGAGCAUUGCAUUCCAAGAACCCGUUCCUAACUCUGUUCCUGAUUAUUACAGAAUUAUUAAGAAUCCAAUGGAUUUAUCCAGAGUGAAAAUGAAAUUGCAGAAAAAACAUUCUCAGCAUUACCAAAUGCCAAAGAGCUUUGUGGCUGAUGUCAGGCUCAUUUUCAAAAACUGUGAAACGUUCAAUGAAGUUACCCUAUUACCUGGGGUUCAAAAUGGUCCUCAAGCCUUCAUGGGGACCAAAGAAAGGGAAAUGAGAACCAAGGCAGAUUCAGAAGUGGCCCAAGCUGGAAAGGCUCUAGAAAGCUAUUUUGAAGCAAAACUACAAGAGGUUUAUUCAGGCAGAACCUUUACACCUCUAAUGGAAUCAGAUUCUGAUCAUGAAGAAACUCAUAUAAGCGAGGAUUCAGAUGAUGACUUUGUUCAACCUAGGCGAAAGCGUCUAAAAUCAGAUGACAGACCAGUGCACAUUAAAUAAUUUUCUUCACCUUGAGAGGAAGAUGAAGAUGAACUUGUUAGACCUUUUUUUGCCCUUAGCUCACUGGAAGUGAGCAACAUACCUGUGGCGAUCUGCUGGUUGGUUGUAAAAGCUGAUACCCACCAAACAGUAUUUAUUAGUUUUAAAAUGAUUUUGUACAGAUAAAUAAGACUUUGUUGCAUUUGUUCAUUUCCUGAAUACGAGGACUCUUUCCAGACUGUUGCUUUUUUUAAAUAAAAAAUCCUUGCCUUUACUGAUGUAAUUAUAUGAUUCUUUGUGGUAAAUGUGUAGAAGGCUUGUAUUUUAUUGGCAUGCACAACAGAAUAUUUAUUAACUCUACACACCUUUAAUUUGCAUAUUUAGAACGAAAAGUUUAAUUUGUGUAAAAUAAAACCAGCUCAAUUAUCACUUUGGAUAAAUAUAUUUGAUCUUGUCUUUCAGGUGGCUGUUCUUAUUUUGUUAUCUUGUUUCAAUGAUUGAGUCUUCUGAAUAGAUUCAAAAUCUUACGCUGUCCAUUGAAUGUCAGUGUUUCAAUGAGGUGUACAUGUGCACUGUAAGAACUGCCGUUAACUACACUGAAAACUGUUUUAAGGACCACAGUAACAUAUGUAACACAUCUUAAAAAUACAAGAUUUUUAAAUUUAUUUUUCCUAACAAUUGUAAAUGUAUUUUAUGUGUGCAUAUUUUUGUUUUGUACUUCGCAGUUAGUAAGGAUCCAUGGACAUACAGGGCCAACAAAAUUAUGAGUUAUGAUAUGGCCCAAAUAUGCUUCAGCAGUCUAACUUAUCACUUUUAUUCUACACCAUUUAGUUGAUAUUCCAGUAGUUUUUUAUUAUCUCAUGAGCUUCCAUAUUUUCAAAAUUAUCGAAGAAUUCAAGGCAGUUUUGUGGCAUAUUGAUCUCAUUCUGUGCCCUCUUGAUCCUUCAUUGGAUGCAUAAGUGAAUACCGCGUAAAUUUAGAACAGAAUCACGAGUACCCUUUUAAAAGAGUAGCUUGCAAAAUUAUUAAUUUUAAACAUAAUUGAGCAGUUCAUGUGCUUGAUUAUUAAACAACAGGAUCUUGCCUCUAGUACACUAAACAUUAAGUAGAAGUGACUAGUCAUUUAAUGUAAGAAUCAUAUUUUCUAUCCUUUGGAAUUCCCCCGUAAAUUUGGCAAGAGCUGCUGAUAUUUUCCGUGCUGUUUGGGAUUGUCCAAACUGAGAUUGACGAGUCACAACCCCAGGCUCAGUGAGCUUACUUAAUUCAGCAAAGCAAAAAUUUCCAUAAUUCCUGUAACUUGAUGUUAACUAUUGAUGUCUGUAAUUAGGGUGGCUGGUAUUGGAAAUUGAGGACCAUGGUGCAUCUAGCACAAUAUGACAUCUCCAAAUUUUACAUUCGGUGCCUAUUUUUGGGUAUGUUCAAUAUCAGAAUAUGACAAGAAAUCAUGUGAACAACAAGAAAGCCAUCGUGGAUUUCCUCCUGGAGUUUGCUGGACAAAGAUUCCAAGUUUAUUCUUGAAUGACAACAGAAUAUCAGUUUACACUUCAUUCCAAAUUCACAACAUUUCGAUCAACUGGACAUUCAGAUUGUAUUUACAGUGGUCAAGUUAUUGAUGGGAACUGUGAUCUACAGAUGUUCUACUCAACUUGACUUUGGAAUAAUAUUGCUACGAGCCAAAAAUUAAAGUGUGUAGUCAGGAAUGGAACUGCAAGUGAUUACCCUGCUCUCAGUAGUAAUACACAUAUAAUUUUGAAGUAGAUGGAACAAUUACAUUUGGAGUUUGUAUUGAUCUUUAAUUUUAUUAAAUUGAAAUCUUAACUGGAUUAAUAUAAAAUUAUUCAGUGCUAAUAAUUUAUUUAAAAUAUACAAACAAUGCUGAAAUCAUUUGAACAAUUUAAUGCUAUCUAAGAUUUUUCUGUCAACCAUUAUGUAUUGUCGUGUGAGAAGUGUAUGGUUUGUGUACGGAAUAGGCAGUAAUACCAAGGCAUCUGAAGCGUAUCGGUCAAUUGAAUUUUUUGUAGUGAUUACGGUAUAAAUAUGUAAAAUCUGAACCUGAAAAAGGUAAAUAUAGGCUCAUGGCACCCACAACAUGUUUUGCACCACAAAUUAAACAUUAAUAAGUGUGCUUUGAUCUAUGAACUUCUGGAGAAAUAAUGGUAUCAACAUGUUAAAUAAAAUAUUUCCCAUUUCUUCUUGCAUAUGGCGUGCACAGCCUAAAGUUGUAGGACAACUUGUUCUAUUUGAUUGUGCAGGUCAGGUUGAUUGCAUUCGUUGAAACAGGGCGGACCACGUGAAGGUUGCAAUCUUCCACCCCAUUUCCCAUUUGAAUGUUAGAAUUCCAAGGCAAGAAGGCUCUUAUUUGAAGAGGCUUUUAUGAAAGGAGCCAGGAUAUGGCUAUUUGCUUUUAUUGUAUUUCCCUGACAACUGCUAUGUAACUGGUUUUCUGUCUCCACUCAAAAAACUGGUCAACCAGUAAGUGGGAAAGUUGAUUUCUUUUUCAGGUUUUGAAAAUCAAUAUACCUGCUGAGUUGCUUUUCUAUAAUUGAUGUGCUGCAUAUAUUUUACAGUCAAUGUUAAUCUGUAGCAUGCUGCUGGAUGCUACUGUUUUUUUCCCCCAAUUUCAGGAUGCAGAAUAUUUGUUCAUAAAUCUUAGUUUACAUGUAGCUUUUGUGCAAUUUUUCUUUUGUGCUCUAGUACUAUUUUGAACACCUGCAUCUGACUACUAAAUGUCAUAUUAGCUGGUGAAUAUCAAAUCUGUAAUAGGCUUUCCAUCAUUGGGAGGUAGGUAAUUAAUGUUUGUACCCAUAAACAAUGCAAUCCCUAAUCAAUUGUUAAGCUCCAACGAGCAGAAUAAAAUGUUUAAUUGGGAUCUUUUGAUUUCAUAACUUACACCUUUUAUGUACUUCAGUAGACCAUGUUUUCAUUUGAUAAUUGAAUUGUAAGAGAACAUUGACAUUACUUCUAAACAGUUGAUGCCAUGUGACAUGCAUCUAAUGUGUACUGCAAUUCUGUUAAAACACCAGUAAACAUUGAUGCUGCUAUUAGAUAUUGCAAAGGGGGAAUGGACCAUUGAAAUAUACAAUGUUAUAUUUAAAAGAGAGCCUGCAAUCUACUGAAGCAGUGUACAGUGAAUUGUGAAGUUGCAAUAAUAGCAUAUUUAUAAGUUGCACUUUGUUUCUAUAUAUAUAUCUUACUACAUUGUGAUAAUUUGUGCAUUAGCUCAAGUGUUGGACUGAAAUCAAAAAUAGUAGAAUGACAUUGAAGUUAUUGCUAUUUGAGACUAAAACUGAACAAAUGACAAAUGUUACUUUAUCUUCACAAGCUGUUUGUGUGUGCCAUGAAAAUAUACAGCCUCAUUAGCUACUGAUCAUACUCGUCGAUCGUCCUAUGGAUGAAUUUUAAACGAUUUAACUUUGUCUUUUUUUAUGAUUGCCAUUUAUGACUGUUGCACCCGCUGUGGUUUUUUUUGCUAGUUUUGUAGCUUAAAGUUUACAGUAUUUUUGUCAAAAUGAGUUAUUUAAAAGCCUGUUAACAGUUUGUAAAUAUUAUCUGUUUAAAAUAAUAUGGAAUGUGUGUUGUAGAUGAUAACAUUUGUUGCAUUAGAACAGAAGAAAAGCUUUAAUUGGAAAUAUUCUCCUUGGUCAUUUCUAUUAAAUUGUACAGUUUGCAAGGGCCAUGUAGUGAGGAGUGAUUUUUCUUGUGCUUAAACGCAGACGUGGCCUUCAAUGCUACCACAGUGCAGAUGAUUCUCAAAUAAAAAUCAAGGUGUCAAUUUUGUUGAAA